GUCAAUUGACAUCUGAAAAGUCAGAAGUGGUCGAUUUUUGAGGUUAGGUCCUGGCUGAUAAAAUAUAUUUUGGUAUAGUAUUUUUGGAACAGUUCUCAGAAAUACUAUAUAUUUAAAAUGGAUUCCUUAUCUACCGGAUCACUAAGUGGAGUACAAAAGGAAGAGUUAAUGGAUCAGGUUAAGCAACAAAUUGCGAUAGCCAAUGCACAGGAACUUUUGACGAAAAUGUCCGAAAAAUGUUUUAAAAAGUGCAUAUAUAAACCUGGGACCUCUCUUGAUAACUCGGAACAGAAGUGUAUAGCAAUGUGUAUGGACAGGUACAUGGACGCUUGGAAUCUUGUUUCAAGAACCUACAGCAGUCGCAUUCAACGCGAGAGAAAUAAUUCGUAAAUGAUUGACAAAGUUUUAAGCUUCGCUGUGCUGUAAAUAUAGAGAAUGUAGUGACCGGUGCAUUUCUAAUGUGAGUUUUGUGUACCAAUUGUUAUGUUUAAUAAAAAAUGUUUUAGGUUAUGUAAA